CCGCGGCCGGGGCGGCCCUCCCGCACCCGCGGCGCUGGCCCGGCCAACAAAGGGGGUGCCGGGGCCGAGGGAGGGGCCGCCGCAGGGCCGGGCCGCGAGGGGCGGGGAAGAAAGGGGAGGAGAAGGGGAAGGACGGACGGCAGCGGCGGCGGCUCGCACAGAAAGUUGUGGGUCCGCCAGCGCAGCGCCGCGGGAGUCGCUGCCGGAGGACGGGGUGCGAGCAGGAGCCGGGCAGCGCCGUGGGGCAGCGCGGCCCCUCCCGCCGCCGUGCCCGAGGGGUGCUGAGCCGUGGCCCUCCAUGGGAGCCUUUUCCCAGCGGAUUUAGGCUCCGCCCGUGGCACACCGCAGCCCACGAGCAUGGCCCGUGUCUCCGAGCAGGAGGAAGGACCUGGCGGGGGACACAGCGAGUUCAGCGACAUCAUCAAGUCCAGAUCAGAUGAACACAAUGAUGUACAGAAAAAAACGUUUACGAAAUGGAUAAAUGCUCGAUUUUCCAAGAGUGGAAAGGCCCCAGUGAAAGACAUGUUCACAGAUCUUAAAGAUGGAAGGAAGCUUUUGGACCUUUUGGAGGGUCUGACGGGGAAACCUCUGCCUAAAGAACGAGGUUCCACACGAGUACAUGCCUUAAAUAACGUCAACCGAGUACUGCAAGUCUUGCAUCAGAACAAUGUGGAGUUGGUGAAUAUUGGAGGAACUGACAUCGUUGAUGGAAAUCACAAGCUGACGCUGGGGCUGCUGUGGAGCAUUAUCUUGCACUGGCAGGUGAAGGAUGUCAUGAAGAACAUCAUGUCAGAUUUGCAGCAGACCAAUAGUGAGAAGAUACUGCUGAGCUGGGUUCGCCAGUCCACCAGACCUUACAGUCAGGUCAAUGUUUUGAACUUCACGACGAGCUGGGCUGAUGGACUCGCCUUUAAUGCUGUGAUUCACAGACAUAAACCUGAACUGUUCAGCUGGGACAAAGUGACAAAGAUGUCCCCAGUUGAGAGACUGGAAAAUGCUUUCAACAUAGCCAAGAACCAUUUAGGAAUAGAGAAACUAUUGGAUCCUGAAGAUGUUGCUGUACAGCUUCCAGACAAAAAGUCCAUUAUUAUGUAUUUAACUUCUUUGUUUGAGGUCCUUCCUAAGCAAGUUACAAUGGAAGACAUUCGGGAGGUGGAAACCCUUCCAAGGAGAUACAAGCAAGAAUGUGAGGAUGGAGAAUUCAGUGUGCAGCAGACUGUGUCACUUGAAGAAAACCAGGACAGUUCUAGAGCAGAGACUCCCAGCACAGUGACAGAGGUGGAUAUGGACUUGGAUAGCUACCAAGUUGCUCUGGAAGAAGUCCUUACAUGGUUGCUGUCAGCUGAGGAUGCAUUUCGGGAACAGGAGGAAAUAUCUGGUGAUGUUGAGGAAGUCAAAGAACAAUUUUCCACCCAUGAAGGUUUUAUGAUGGAACUGACUGCGCACCAGAGCAGUGUGGGCAAUGUUCUGCAGGCUGGAAACCAACUGGUGGCCCAGGGAAAUCUGUCACCAGAAGAAGAGUUUGAGAUCCAGGAGCAAAUGCUGCUGCUGAACUCCCGCUGGGAAGAACUCAGGGUGGAGAGCAUGGACAGGCAGUCCCGCCUGCACGACAUGCUGAUGGAGCUCCAGAAGCAGCAGUUGCAGCAGCUGUCUGACUGGCUGACAGUCACAGAGGAGCGCAUUCAGAAGAUGGAAUCUCAGCUCCUAGCAGAAGAUUUGGAGUCACUUCAAAAACAGCUGGAAGAACAUAAGAGCCUGCAGAGUGACCUAGAGGCAGAACAGGUGAAGGUCAACUCCCUAACACACAUGGUGGUCAUUGUUGAUGAGAGCAGUGGGGAAAGUGCAACAGCUAUUCUGGCAUACUAAUUGCAG